AUGUUUCUGGAUAUUUACCAGUUUCAAACAAUCUGCCUGCUGCUACUUCUGAAAACCUUCACACAUUGUGAAGGAAGUACUCAUGGAACCUUCUUUCGAUCGGUUCCUGAUCAAAUCAAUAAAACAACUUUUCCAGUCGAUCUAAAGUUGCCAGCCAAGUCGGACGUUAUUCUUUUAAAAUGCCCUGGCUCUUUAUACAAACAUGGAAAUAUUGAGGAUAAAUUCACUGAAAAUAAAGCACUGGGAAAAUCGAGUGUAAUGCCUUCAAAUGAAGAUAUUCUAUUCAAUUGGAUACUAUCAGUAUAUAAUGCAUCUGGACCGCAGCAAAUUCAUUGUGGAACUGUUGGAAUAAUUGGCAGUGAUGCAAGGCACACGAACAUUGAAUGGAAGUUCAAUUUCAAUUGA